AUUUGGAUUGUUUGGCCUGCAACCUCUCCCCUUCAGAGAUGAAUCUUGGUCCAGUCUCACAGUGCUCAUUCAAUGUCUCAUCUUCUACAAUUCCACGUUUUCAGAUAACUUCUUUUCCCCCUUCUUCACAGUCCUUGUCGUUGCGGAGGACUAUUACUCCUUUGGCAAUCUCAGCAAUUGGGUCCAGAAAAGUUAUUCCAGCGCGAGACCGAGUCAUAGAUUUUGGAAAAUACAAAGGUAAAAUGCUGGGAGCACUCCCAUCCAAAUACCUCAAAUGGGUGACAAAGAAUCUCCGAGCUCGCGACUUUGAAGAAUGGGCUCAGCUAGCAGAUCAAGUCCUCUCUGACCACAUCUAUAAGGACCGAAUUGAAUGGGAGUUCGCCCAAAAUCUCCUCAACGGCGACGUUUCACCGGCAGGGACACAGACUGCCGUUUCCGAGUUGCUAGAAAUCAGCACCAGAUUCCGUUGGGACAAUGACGAUAAGUUGGGUUGGAGCAAAAUUGAUUUUGAGUUACUUGGGACCUCUAAAGGUGGUCGAAUACCAAGGCUUUCCGAUUCCCUCAAUAAUUCAAUUAGGGUUGAAGAUAAAAAGGGAGUUGAUAUUCCUCAGGAGGAUGGCGAAAAAGACAAUAGGGAGAGAAGACGGGAAAGGGUAAAGUUACAGAGGAGACAGAAUGAAUCUGGCUCGCCGUUGCAACGUUCAACUAGUAUUACACAAAGAAGAGCAAAUUCUGAUCAUUUCAAUCGGCCCAAAUCAGAUCCAAUCCGCUCAUUUGACACCACUAAUUAUAACACGGAAACUCCAAGUCGUUUUCCGGGUCGUGAAUCCCUGUUGAAGAAAGCCUUGUCUCUGGGUACCAGGAAAAAUAUCUCAAAUUAAUGA